UUCCUUCCAAUCGAACCUCACUUCUUAAAUAUGACAUUAAUAUUAAAACAUAACCUAAAUUUUUAACCUAACUUUUUACUUUAAUUAAAAAAAUGGUUUAUAUUUCAAAAAUAUUACUUUUUCCUAUAAAAAAGCAAAGAAAAUAUUUACAAUCUGGUUUUAUAGAUACAUUAAGAUUAUUUGUUAAAGCAGGAUCAGGUGGAAACGGUUUACCCAAAUUUGGAGGGGUUGGUGGACAAGGUGGAAAUGUAUAUUUAGUUGGGAAUGAAAAUCUUACUUUAGAAAACGUUAGAUCUGCACAUAAAACUAAAAAAAUCGCUGCUAAACAUGGAAGAAAUAGUACGCAUAAUUUUAUAUUAGGAGUUCCUGGGGAAAAUGUUAAAAUUGAGGUUCCAACAGGCAUAAGUGUACUUACAGAUGAUGGUGCAAAAUUGGGGGAAAUAAAUAAAGAAGGUGAAGAAAUAAUUGUUGCUAAAGGUGGGCAAGGGGGUCAUUCAAAAAAUGAUUAUAUUGGGAGAAUUGGUGAAAGUCAUUCGAUUAAAUUGGAUUUAAAAUUGAUUUCGGAUAUUGGAUUAGUUGGUUUUCCUAAUGCUGGUAAAAGUACUGUGUUAAAAGCUGUUUCACAGGCUAAUCCAAAAAUAGCUAGUUAUCCAUUUACAACAAUAAGACCAAAUGUAGGAAUAAUUUCUUAUAAAGAUUUAAGACAAAUUUCAAUGGCCGAUUUACCAGGGUUGAUUGAAGGGGCUCAUAUUAAUAAAGGUAUGGGACAUAAGUUUUUAAAACAUGUGGAACGAACAAAAAUGAUUUUAUUGGUUGUUGAUAUAAAUGGAUUCCAAUUAAGUCCACAACAUCCUUUUAGAAAUUGUUUUGAUACCAUCAUUUUAUUAAAUAAAGAAUUGGAAAUGUAUAAUCCAGAUUUAUUAAAUAAGCCAACAAUGAUUGUUAUUAAUAAAAUGGAUGUGGAGGGGGCGAAUGAGAAAUAUCUCGAAGUUAAAAAGAAAAUGAAUCAUUUAUCUGAUUAUUUUGGAGAAUACCCCAUUGAGAUUCGACCCGAAAUUCCUUUAAAAUUCCAACAAAUUUUAGCAAUAUCAGCUCAAACAAAUAAAGAAGAUAUUGAAGUUUUAAAAAAUAAAUUAAGAACUCUUUUAGACGUUUGUUACCAAGAUAACAAAGUAGACGAAUUUAAAACUUUAAAGGAUACCAUUGAGUUGCAAAAAGAAAAAGGACCGCGUUUAGUUUAAAAAUUAAAAUUUAUUUACAACAAAUUUGUUUUUAUUAUCAUCUAAACGCUUCAGGUUGAGCCAAUUGCGUCAACUUAAUCCAUUUACAACUAAUAGCUUCGUUUCUUAAAUCAUCAAUUAAACUUCUUGGCCCUAAA